GCCUAAUUUAAAGUUUAGUUCUCAGAUGAGUCAUUUCUGAACAGUGAACCCUGUCUCCGUCUCUAAAGUCUCAAGAGUCGCAGUAGUCGCCGUCGCUAACCAUUUUGGGCGACUCCAUACUGUGUCUGGUACUGCCAAUCUUCUCCUUACAUCACUCAUAUUCGUUCUUUUCUUACACGCCCGCCGCUGUAGCAAUCUCCAGUUCUUCUUCUUUCCUCCACCAUGCGCUCCCUCUUCCUCACCAUUCCCACCAUUUACAGUAUUAAAUUAUCGCCUCAGCCUCAAUCCCCUCUCCGCCGCUUCACUCUUUUACAACCUCCACCAUGCGUCUCUCCUUUCCAUUUCCCAUUCCGUUCCCGCUUUCAGUUCUUUCAUCCACCAUGCGCUUCCCAUUUCAUUCACCCUGCCUCCAAUUCAGAAGCUGAAGAUCAUCUACCCCAUUAUUUGGCGGAAGCCCGAGCUGCCUUUUCCCAGUUUCUUCGACGUUUCGGGGUCUCCGAGGAGGAAUCCGUGUCCAUCGCCUCCAGCUCCCCUCGAUACUUGAAGAUGCUAGUCGAUGGGGUUCGUGAAUUGGACGACACAUCCAUGUGGGGUUACUGGAGUAAUGAAGGAUUGGGUGAUGAUUUUGGGUUCAAGGAAAAGGUGGUUUUGAUGGCCACACAAAAGGGUGACUGUGGGAAGGUUGCUUUUUUGGAGAGCGUGGGUAUGAAUCUUUCUUCAGCUAUGAAUAUUGCCCGCUACCUCUCUGGGGAGAUGCUUCCAUCUCUCAUUUAUAAGGUUAAGUAUUUGAAGGAAGUCUUCUUUUCUGGCAGCGGUGAGGGGAAGCUCAUAGGAAAAAGUGCUCGUCGUAUGAUGACGCACUUAUCGGUGCCUCUUGAUGACGAUGUGCAACAGACUUUAUCCUUUUUUGAGAAGAUUGAAGCAAGGCGUGGAGGCCUAGACAUGUUGAGUUCGAAUGAAGAAUUCUUUUGUCUUUUACUGGAAUCAUUUCCCUACUUGCUUUUGUUGUCAGUAGAAUCCCACGUGAAACCAAUGGUAGAAUUUUUUGAAUACAUUGGCGUCCCUAAGGAAUGCAUGAGGAGGAUAUUUCUGUUAUUUCCGCCCAUCAUUUUCUUCAAUACUGAAGUCCUCAAAUCAAGGAUAACGGCUUUUGAGGAGGUUGGCAUUGAAGAGAUGGAAAUUGGUAAAUUGUUACUUAAAUAUCCAUGGAUUAUGUCAAAGUGUAUCCAAGACAGCCUUAAGCAAGUUGUUUCUUUCUUCGAAUUGGAGAAGGUGCCAAAUGCAAGCAUUACCAAUGCAAUCAGAAGUUGGCCCCUGAUUUUAGGAAGCUCGACUAGUAAAUUGAAAUUAAUGGUGGACAGGUUUGGUGAGCUAGGUGUUCGAAGUAAGAAGUUGGGUCAGGUGAUUGCCACAAGCCCUCAGACAUUACUUCGGAAACCUCGAGAAUUUCUUCAAGUCGUUUCAUAUUUGGAAGAGAUAGGGUUUGAUCGAGAAAGUGUUGGCACGAUAAUUGUUCGUUGUCCAGAAAUAUCUGCAGCUAGUGUUGAGAAAACACUGAAGAGGAAGCUUGAAUUUCUUACCGGUGUUGGUGUUUCUAAGACUAACCUAUCUCGGGCUAUUAGAAAAUAUCCCGAGCUUCUUGUGUCUGACCCUGACAGAACUUUACUCCCACGUAUUAGGUACCUGAGGCAGAGAGGGUUCUCUGAAAGGGAAAUUGCCUUCAUGGUUGGUAGAUUCUCUCCUCUCCUGGGGUAUAGUAUAGAGAAGGUUUUGAAACCCAAACUAGAUUUUCUUGUAAAUAUCAUGGAGAAACCCAUAAAGGAAGUUGUUGACUAUCCAAGGUAUUUUAGCUAUUCAUUGGAAAAGAAGAUAACUCCAAGGUUCUGUGUGUUGAAGGGAAGGGAUGUAGAAUAUAGUUUAAAAGAUAUGUUGGGUAAAAAUGAUGAGGAGUUUGCUGUUGAGUUUAUGAGCAACAAAGGAACACAAAAUUCAAGUUGUUCUUCACCCACUGAAGUGUAAGGAACUUUUGUCUUUAGUCAUACAACUGUGUAAAUAAUCGACUACAUUUUUUAGAACACUAAUUUUUUUUAUAAUAUCCAUGAGUGUUCGGAGCAGCUUGUAUGCA